CCAAUUAGUUAUAUAUAAUUUGGUUCUGUUAGUUUUUGAAAAUCACUUAGGACCUCUUCGCAUGGCUUCGGUAGAUUCACAUGUGUUAAUGGGGAUAAUUAGCCUGAUCUUUUUAUCCACUCUUUUUGUCACUAUGGUAGGCUCGGAAUCGCAAUGCCGCAAUUUCGAGUCGAUCAUCAGUUUCGGUGAUUCGAUUGGCGACACUGGAAACUUGCUCGGUCUCUCGGAUGAUCCUAACAAUCUUGCUUUGAGCGGUUAUCCACCCUACGGUGAAACUUUCUUUCACCAACCAACCGGUCGUUUCUCUGAUGGCCGCCUCAUCAUUGACUUCAUCGCUGAAUUUUUGGGGCUUCCUUAUGUGCCUCCUUACUUCGGAUCUAAAAAUGGAAACUUUGAGAAAGGAGUUAAUUUUGCCGUAGCCUCAGCAACGGCAUUGGAAUGUUCUUUUCUCGCAGAGAGAGGAUACCAUUGUCGUAACAACAUCAGUUUAGGAGUUCAGCUUAAGAUCUUCAAGGAGAGUUUACCAAAUCUAUGUGGCUUGCCAUCAGAUUGUAGAGAUAUGAUUGGAAAUGCUUUGAUUCUCAUGGGAGAUAUUGGAGCAAAUGAUUAUAAUUUGCUAUUCUUCAAACGCAGACCCUUUCACGAGGUCAAAGAGCUAGUUCCGUUGGUGAUUAGUACUAUUUCUUCUGCCAUUACGGAGUUGAUUGGUAUGGGGGGAAGAACAUUUCUGGUGCCCGGAGAGUUCCCUAAGGGAUGCUCGGUAGCAUAUUUGACAUUAUAUCAAACAUCAAACUUGGCAGAAUACGAUUCUUUAGGAUGUCUGAAAUGGCUGAACAAGUUUUCAGAAUACCACGACGAGCAGCUUCAAGCAGAACUCAAGAGACUUAGGAAGCUCAACCCUCAUGUCAACAUCAUAUUUGCUGACUAUUACAAUACUUUGUUGCGCCUUAACCAAGAACCAUCGAAAUACGGAUUCACAAAGGAACCCUUGUACGCUUGUUGCGGUGUAGGAGGACCAUACAACUUCAACUUUAAUACAAAAUGUGGGAGUGUAGAAGUGGAAUCUUGCAAUGAUCCUUCAAAAUAUGUGGCCUGGGAUGGCAUUCAUAUGACUGAGGCUGCAUACAAAUCAAUGGCUGAUGGACUACUCAAAGGACCAUAUGCGACUCCUCCUUUCAAUUGGUCAUGCCUCAGCUCAAAGAUUAAGAACAAGAAUUCAUUAGACAAACAAACUUCUCUGCUGAGCAGCUGAUAUAAGCUUGUCUGAAACAUUAAAUAACAUGAGAGAUAACCAUAAGAAAAUAUACAGUGCGUUCUCUUGUAUUGGAUUAUGUAUCGUAUUAUAUUGUAUUGUUGUUGGGAUAAAGUGGUUGAAGUUGAAUGAUCGAA